CUCUGUCCGCUUCCUUCCGACUCUCAUGUCUUUGGCGCGAGUCACUCCUAGGCUACUCAGGUGUCCCAGACUAGCGGCCCGACCACCAUGGCGGGCAUUUGCUACUUCCUCUCCGAAGACAAAGUUCACCAAUGCUAGAGGACUAGCGGUAGCUGGGCUCUCUGCCACCACAUUCCUAGGCCUGACACUCUCUACCUCAGCAAUAUACGCGGAUGCUCAGGAGCAGAUUCCCAUAAAAGGUGUUCUGCAAACCGCGCCGUUGUCCGAGCUCGUGAGGACGUAUCUUGUGUACUCGCUCUGCUCUAUCCCCCUCCUGGUGGAUUGGUCGCCUACCAUACUCUCCAUUCUUCUUGCAAUCCCUGGAGUGAAGCAGAUCACUGAGGGCAUUGUACGCGUGACGUUCUUCGACCAGUUCGUAGGUGGCGACGAGGCGGAGGACGUUAUACCCGUACUCGAGCGUUUGCGUCGAGAGAACAAAGGGGCGAUCUUUGUCUACAGCGUCGAGGUUGAUGAGGCGAAUGCGUCUGGCCCUGGCAAACUGUCCUCGUCGGAGACAAUGUCUGCGCACAAGCAGAUCGUCGCCGAGAACCUCCAUUGCAUUGACGUCGCAGCGGACUUUGAGGACAUGCAUUAUCUGGGAAGGAAGGGGAAGGGCACUUGGGUUGCCAUCAAGCUGAGCGCCAUGGUACCAGACGCUGAGUCGCUGCGUAGGCUCUCCAAAUAUCUGGUCGACACUCGCCCGCGAACCAAUCCCCGAAUCGCCUUUCCCGGAUGCCCCGUACCUUCCGAUCUCGAUAUUCUAUCCUCUGACGUACCUACUGCAGUUCUCACGGAGGCCGAUGUCGCUGCACUUCGCGAGCUCCGCGAAGACCUUGUCGCCAUUGGUGAACGCGCCCGUGCGCGCGGUAUCCGUAUUAUGGUCGAUGCUGAGCACAGCUGGUAUCAGCCUGCCAUCGACGCGUUCGCCCUCGACAUGAUGCGUAUAUUCAACAAGCUCCCCACACCGCAGAGCUCGUGGUUCGGUCUGCGGAAGCCUGCACAACUGGCGCCUGACAUGUUCCAGCCGUUGAUCUUCAACACUUUCCAGGGAUACCUCCGGCGAACGCCGGAAUACCUUGCCCGGAGCAUUGCAAUGGCACGGACAGAAGGCUAUGCGCUUGGCGUGAAGCUUGUGCGCGGAGCGUAUCACCCACAUGAGAUUGAGAUUCACAAAGCCGCAACGAACUCUCGGGCCGAGGCGACCACUCCAUCCGGCGGCCACGAUCUCUCGAUAUCCCCCGACAACAUGCCGCCUGUCUGGCUGUACAAAGACGAGACAGAUUCGUGCUACGACUCGUCCGUGCGGUUGCUUAUCUCGCUCCUUCGUCAAGACGUAGAGGCUUGCGCGAAGGGUGCCCCGGGGCCUACCAUUGGGGCUUUGUUCGGUACACACAAUUGGGACAGCGCGAACCUGGUCAUUGACGAGCUUGUCAAACAAGGACUAGCCACCAGAGACGCCUCUGGCGUGGUGGAGAUCAGUGAGGCCGCUAUGGAGCGCGUUGCGGUCGCGCAGCUAUACGGCAUGGCGGAUGGGCUCACGGACCACCUGGUGGACCGUACUCGCAGCGCGUCUCCGUUCGUGCUGAAGUAUCUGCCGUAUGGCAAGCUCUCUGAGGUGAUGCCUUACCUCAGUCGACGCGCGAUCGAGAAUAAGUCUGUCUUGGGCAACGGGGGAGCCGCUGUUGAGCGGAAACGGGCUGCAUCUGCUAUCAUGGCUAGACUGUUCGGGUGAUUGGAGGGGACUCCGACACCGGGACUGAGCAUUCAUGGUUGUGACGGGAAUUUGGGGGGUAAUCGUGAGCGAACACCGAACAUUGAGUUGUAGCGAGUAAUUCUAUGUUAGAGCUAACUACUUGGCAAGCACUUUAGACUUAGACAUGGGGCGUCUUCACAACAUCAACAACCAACCUGUUGUCCAAGUCAUUGCGUUGAAAUGCAGUUGAGCUCCCAACCAC